CGAAAAAUAAAAAUGCAAAGAGAUUGAUACAAAAUAUAUUUAGUAAAUAAACCACAACAAGAAACCUGAAAUAAUAAUAUACUAGUGAAUUUAAGAUAUUCGAAAUAAAAUAAAAAAUACUUUAUUAUGUAUUUUUGUAUAUAAUUUUAUAAAUGUUAUAUAAACAAUAAAUGACCUUAUAGUGAGAGGGAUACACUUUGAAAAAGAAAAAAAUAAAUAGAUAAUUAUAUUUACAUCUUAACACAAUGACUGUAGAUACAUGUGGAAGAGUAAAUUUGGGCACUGCUGGAGUAAUAACAACCGCAAAUCCAAGCGGCGGCAGCCAUUCGGCACUUUUACAAAAGCAAAUGUCAUUCAAGACAUCCGUUGGUGCCAACCAAUUGUCGAAAGCAGAUGAAAUAGAAGUUAUUGAAAGCGGUCACAACGAUACCUCAUCGGCACGCUACAACAAGAAUACGGCCCUUGGUUGGAUAUGUUGUGCACCAUGCAUAUGGCUGCGCACUUCAGCUACUGUUCAUAAAAUAGCAAUUACUACUGCAACCUUGUUAGUUACUUCUUUGCUUGUUGCAUCGCCAAUAUUAUUUUUAAUAAGCACUGCACCAUCACAACUGCCAAGAGAUUGUUAUUCAGACGAUGAAGAUUGUAUGCCGACAGCAGCUCCGCCUCCUGAGUGCUUAGAUCCUGUGUGUAAAAUAGCAGCGUCAAGUAUACAUGCAAAACUCAAUUGGAAUUUCGAUCCGUGCGUGGACUUCAAAAACUUUAGCUGCUCAUCCAGUUCAAACAUUAAUGGACUGGCAAGUUUACGUGCUAUUCGUAGUGCACAGGAGUCUGUUGAUUUGCAAAUGCAACAACUUUUGCAACACAAUACGACUUUUGGCCCAUUUCGGAAAUUGGGCCGUUUAUUUGGCAGUUGUUUACGACAAAACACCAACUCAUCAACGAUUAGACUGGUUUUGGAUCAAUUAGGAGGCUAUUUGCCGAUUGGAGCACUUGGUCCAUCUAGUAUUUCCCAGCUAAUAUCAAAAAUAUAUGAGCUAGGUCCGACGCCUUUAAUCGACAUUUACUACGAUUUAAGUUAUGGAAAACGCCCACACGUUUUACUGAUUAUAAGUGGUCCCAGUACAACAUCGCCCAUUCUAGAGAGCAAAAUACGAUGGAUGGGACCUAAAGCUCCACCAUAUCGGGUAAAACAAGGUGUGCCAAAGUUGUUAAACGAUUUACUAGAUAGCUUUUUGCCAAGCGGUCUAACUCAAGAACAAAAGCUUUCAGAAAAUGAAGCUAUUUCAACAUUUAUAAAGGAAUUGAACAAAAUUCGUGUUGAACAUUCACGACGAGGCUUCUGGGACAGUUCAGUUUUGUAUAACAUAUCAUCCUUGCAAACAAAAUAUCCAAUUGUAAGUAACUAUAAUUUUGCUUCCUCUCCAAAAACUAAACGCAAACGAACUGUUAAGGCAUCAACAACUUCUCCUAAAGAUUCUAAUGUUGCAGCUCCUAAUAAGCUUGCCGUUACACAACCCUCAAAUCUAAACCAAACUCCAAAUUUUGGUCAAAAUCAAAUUCCAACUUUAGAUUUUCCAAAUCAAAUCAAUGUUACUCGAAUAUUGCAACUUACGCUAACGUUGUAUCUGAUCUAA